AUGGGGAAUAAGCUGACAGGAGACCACGGAGUCGACUUGAUCUCAUCAGAUCCGGACUCCACAAUGCAGGACAGUAGUAAAUCCGCCUUCAUCUCCACCGGAAAGGGGGAAAAUGUUCUGAUCGGAAAUAAAGCCGCCACGCUUUACCUGAGUUCCAGCUCACUGAAGCUCCACGACAAAAGAUGUAGCAGUAGGGAAUCUGUGGUGGCCGGAUCCCCGAUCGGAACCGGAAGUAAGCCUCAGUCUCCAGCCCAGUCCGAAUUAAGUGCUGAUGUCAAAAAACCUGGAACUGCUCCCGGAAGGAGUACUGCGUAUUCCCGGCGGUCUCAGGAUGGCGAGAGUGUCUCGACGGAAUUCUCCAAGCUUCAGCCAAUCAGAGAGUUUACUUUUACCGGAUAUGACAUCAUGGCUGAUGUGGAACCGGAACCUAAGGUGGAGGAAGUAGACGUGAAGCCUAAGGCGCGCCUACAGACUUACCUGGACUCGUGUAGCCUACUGGGGAUCACGCCUGUCACCUACCUCUGUAAACAGAUGUCAAACAAAGGACUGGUGAUGAGGAAUCACAGUAUAGGGCCCCUGGGGGCGCGGGCCCUCGCUAUAGCUUUACUUAAUAAUGACGUUAUAACCAGCCUCGAUUUAGAGGAUGACGGAAUCGAGGCCGAGGGAGCUAAAGCUAUAGCAGAAAUGUUAGAAGUUAAUAGUAACAUCGUAGAUGUGAAUAUCUACUCAUGGCUCUCGGAGAACUGUAUAGGGACAAAUGGGGCACGUGCAAUAUCUCAAUUGAUGAAAAAUAAUCAGUUUAUCCAGUCCCUGGACAUAUCAGGAAGUAAUCUAGUCGAUAGUGAUGCGUAUCUUAUAGCCGAUAUUUUAAAGAAUAAUACAACACUUAGAGAACUAAUAUUAAGCCACAACGGAUUCAGUGAGCAAGGGGGAUACAUCCUAGCACAAGCAAUAACAAAUAACGAUACUGUAAGAAUCCUCGACCUUAGUUGGAAUCACUUGAGGGGGAAGGGAUCCCUCUCUAUCGCAGCUAGUCUACAGAAAAAUAUAGGUCUUAGAAAGCUUGAUCUUGCGUGGAAUGGUUUCUCUAAGAACGACGCUAUAGUGAUGUGUAAAUCUCUGAAGGAAAACACGACCCUGAAGGAACUAGAUAUUUCCCACAACAGACUGGAGAAGGAGGGGAUAGGGUACCUGAUGCAGGGGGUCAAGGAGAGUGACGGUCUGGAAAUCCUGAGGAUGGGAGGAAACUCUAUAACGCCAGAACUUGCCAUUAUCAUUUUGUCUUGCAUUGCUCAGUCUGAUUCCUGCCGGGUCACUCUGUUAGACCUCGGGAAUAAUGAAGUGGACGAAGAUUUCCUGGCACAGCUGGAUGAUGUUCAGUCCACAAGGUCAUUAAAUGUCCUUCACGGACAAGUGAUCAAGCGUGAAAACGCGCGUGGGAGGAAGGGGACCGGGAUAGACGGGAAUUUGGACGCGGUGUACGAGUUGUACAGGUACAUGCACGAACACAACUACCGCGUGAUAGAUCUGAUGAAGUGGUUAGACAAAGACGGGGAUAUGAGCGUCAGCAGGGAGGAGUUCAAACGCGGGAUGAUGGUGGCGGAGGUUCCCCUGACAGAGCACCAGCUGGAUGUAAUGUUGGACAAACUUGACAUGGAUGGAGAUGGCGAGGUCGACUUCUCAGAGUUGCUAAUUGGAGAGAGAGAUUUCAGAAGAAGAAUGAGAAGAAAACAGGAGAGAGAGAAGGCAGCAAGAAAGGAGAAACAGAAGCUCCAGGGAAUAGACAAAAUCAUUCUCAAUUCAAUGUCGGAAAAAACGUAGUAGGCCGCGGACAUCGACAUGACGUCAUCUGUAUCUAUACCUCAUUAAUUUAUUG